GGAAGCUUUACUGGAAAUAUCACCGCACCUCUUGCCUGACUGAGCAUGCUAGCCACAGCAUCUCUCCCCUACUAGUUUAUUCGCAGCCACGCUAGCUGAGGACAGUGAUUUCGUGGAUGCCGCCGAAGGAGGAGAGGUUGUUAUCGACAGCCAUGAAGCAACGGCUCGUAUAGCCUAUAUUUAUUGGUUCCAUGCUGAAAACAGCCGUGAUCUGUGUGCAGCCGUCGACAAACUGCACGAGCAAGGCUGGUCAUUUGGGCGAGACGAAUUGAGGUUUAAUCAAACUUUGGAUGCAUUUUACAUGUCCCAGGUAGCCUGCGGUUGGUACUACGAAUCCUACAUAGUUGAUGAUCUCUACACGGACAAUUUUAACGACUACUUGACCGCUUAUGGCAAGUAUUUCACUGAAGAUAUCUGGAAGCAAUACUACUCCCUCGAAUUUCUUCUUCAACCAGCUACUGCGCGCUUCUGGCGCCCUCCUAACCUGCGCCAUCUGCCUUUCUCCGACGACCCAGUAGGGACUUGCCGGAAGAAACCUGCUGCCCAUGCUACCAAGCUGCCCCGAUGGGCCGAUACCGUCAAUGGGACAUAUCACUGGCAGACGGCACUACCAAAGGAGAGAAUAACAGAGAUUGCCAUUGAAACCUUACGUAGCAGCAGCUCCCGCCUGCGGGAACAGCAUCCUGAAGUAGCGCCUUAUUCGGAGACCCAGGCGCGCCUCUGGCUCGACUACGUCCGGAAAGAAAUGGGCUAUGCCGGAGGUCCAAGCUACUUUGGCAUCUACAUGGCCCAGGGCGGCUACGAUGUAUGGGACUGGCAGAGACACUAUAGGCCCGAGCGCUGGCACGCUGUGAGUGAUGUAGCUCUGCCCCCAGACAUAGACGAUAAAACGGGUAGAAGCGAGGUGGGCUGGUGUGGCUGGCCUGAUGGUGGUGCAGGAUCUGUUGCGGCCAUGUUUGGCUGGCUUCAUGAGCUUGGGAGCGAGGAGGAGGUAGAUUUUAUGGCGGCUGUGGCGGCCGAGGAGACAAAGGGCUACAGCAUGGACAAUCUAGACUAUGCACUGCGUUCUCAUAUGCUUCUCGGUCUUCUUGGGGCAGUGUUUGAACAAGAGCCAGCGCGUAGCGAGCAAAUUGACAGGGUGAAGCGCGGUGCUAUAGAGAAGGGCAGGCUGGAGGAGGAGAAUGCAGACGAGUGGCUGCGCAAUGCACUGGCUGUCAUGGAGCCCUAUGCUUUGGCAAAUGACGUGUUCCCAGCGACAGAGGACGAGAGAACUGCGCUGCUUUUAAAGGUUUUGGCGGAAAAUGGACAGUUGUUUGCGCGUGGUGGAUGGAAGUUUUCUGCGCGAGGCCCGGCGCGCGGGUUCAAGUUUGAUCUAUCCGUUGCUCUAGAGAAGCGGCGAAAUACGUAG